CCGCAAGAUAGCGGCAGCGUUUGAUCAACGCAGCGGCGCGGUGAUUUUCUGAUUGCAACGUAGGUGAUAGGUAGUGUUUUUUUCUUUUUGCUUGAGUAGCCGUUAGUUAAUGUAGAACAAUGUCUCUCGUCAUUCCUGAGAAGUUCCAGCACAUUCUUCGUGUCAUGGGCACGAACAUUGACGGUAAUAGAAAAGUCAUGUUUGCUAUGACCGCAAUUAAGGGUGUUGGUCGACGUUACGCCAACAUUGUCUUGAAGAAAGCAGAUAUUGAUCUGGAUAAACGAGCUGGAGAAUGCUCGGAAGAAGAGGUUGAGAAGAUUGUGACAAUAAUGGCUAAUCCCAGGCAGUAUAAAAUUCCCGACUGGUUCUUGAACAGACAGAAAGACAUUGUCGAUGGAAAAUAUUCGCAGCUCACGAGUGCCAAUCUGGACUCCAAACUGCGUGAAGAUCUGGAGAGGAUGAAGAAGAUCCGUGCUCACAGAGGCUUGCGUCACUACUGGGGUCUCCGCGUACGUGGGCAACACACAAAGACCACUGGUCGUCGCGGACGCACGGUCGGUGUGUCGAAGAAAAAAUAAUUUUGUAUAUUGUAUAAGUAACAUUAUACAUUAAUUUAUACAUAUCUAUAUUAGAUGUGUGAAUUAAUUCGGUCCAUCUGGCGGUCAAUUGCUGUAUGUAAUUAUCGUGAUCGCGAAAUAACGUUAUAUGCAUGUAUAUACAUUACGAUGACAUUGAAAUAGAAGAAAAUCGAGAACGUUCAUUGCGAGCGAGAUCAUUGUGAGUAUA